CUGGCCUGAGUGACGUCACGCUGUCAGUGAGUGACAGCCGGCCGGCAGCUGGAGGGUGCAGUGGGCGGGGCCCUCAUCCGGCUGGGGUAGGGUGUGUCCGGCCAGUGACAGGACGCGGCUGUGCAAGCUUGUAUGAGCGGAGGGGGCGGGGCCUAGCCGCUUCCUGCCGCUACUGACUCCAGAGAGACCCUCCCUGAGUCCCUGGCACCGGCGGAAUAUGGCGGCCACCGGGGUGCUGCCCUUCAUCCGGGGGGUGGACUUGAGCGGCAACGACUUCAAGGGCGGCUACUUUCCCGAGCAUGUGCGCUCUAUGUCCAGCCUGCGAUGGCUGAAGCUGAACAGGACUGGGCUGUGCUACCUGCCGGAGGAGCUGUCCUCGCUGCACAAGCUGGAGCACCUGUCGGUCAGUCACAACAAUCUGACAACGUUACAUGGCGAGCUGUCAUCGCUCCCCUGCCUACGGGCUAUCGUAGCUCGUGCCAACAGCCUGAAGAACUCUGGGAUCCCUGAUGACAUCUUCCAGCUGGAUGACCUGUCAGUGCUGGACCUCAGUUACAACCAGCUGAGCGAGUGCCCCCGAGAGCUGGAGAAUGGGAAGAACAUGCUGGUGCUUAACCUCAGCCACAACAGCAUUGAUAGCAUUCCCAACCAGCUGUUCAUUAACCUGACAGACUUGCUGUACCUGGACUUGAGCGACAACAAGCUGGACAGCCUCCCCCCACAGAUGCGGAGACUGGUGCACCUGCAGACCCUCAUCCUGAACAAUAAUCCGCUGAUGCACGCCCAGCUCAGGCAGCUCCCAGCCAUGGUAGCCCUCCAGACCCUGCACCUGAGGAACACGCAGCGGUUGCAGAGCAACAUACCCACGUCCCUGGAAGGCCUGUCCAACCUAUCAGACGUGGACCUGUCCAUGAAUGACCUGACGCGGCUGCCGGAAUGCCUGUACACCCUGGCCAACCUGAAACGCCUAAACCUCAGCAGCAACCAAAUCUCUGAGCUGUCUCUGUGCAUCGACCAGUGGACUCAGUUGGAGACCCUCAACCUGUCCCGCAACCAGCUGACGUCUCUCCCUUCUGCCAUCUGCAAGCUCUCCAAGCUGAAGAAACUCUAUCUAAACUCCAACAAACUGGACUUUGAUGGGAUCCCGUCGGGAAUCGGCAAACUCAGCAGCCUGGAGGAGUUCAUGGCUUCUAACAAUAAUCUGGAACUGAUCCCGGAGAGUCUGUGCAGAUCCGUCAAAUUGCGGAAACUUGUCCUAAAUAAAAAUCGUCUGGUGACGCUGCCGGAGGCCGUCCACUUCCUGCCGGAUUUGGAGGUUCUGGAUGUCCGAGAGAACCCCAAUCUGGUGAUGCCCCCAAAGCCAGCUGACCGCACAUCCGAGUAUUACAACAUCGAUUUCUCCCUGCAAAACCAGUUACGCCUGGCGGGGGCGUCUCCGGCCACCGUCGCUGCUGCAGCUGCCGCAGGGGGCAGUACCCCGAGGGACUCCUCCGCCAGGAAGAUGCGGCUGCGGCGCCGUAAGGACUCCACCCAGGACGACCAGGCCAAGCAGGUGCUGAAAGGAAUGUCUGAUGUGGCCGAGGAGAAGAACAAGAAGAUACAGGAGAACGGAGACAUGAAGUACACCGACCUGAAGGCCCGCCGCUGGGACCAGGGACUAGAGAAGCCUCCCUUGGAUUAUUCGGAGUUCUUUGUGGAGGAUGUUGGGCAGAUCCCAGGUGUCACCGUCUGGCAGAUAGAGAACUUCAUCCCCAUCUUGGUGGACGAGGCUUUGCAUGGGAAGUUUUAUGAGGCGGAUUGCUACAUCGUGCUGAAGACUUUCCUAGAUGAUAAUGGCGGCUUACACUGGGAGAUUUAUUACUGGAUCGGGCAGGAGGCCACACUGGAUAAGAAGGCAUGCUCCGCCAUUCAUGCCGUCAACCUGCGAAACUACCUGGGCGCCGAGUGCCGCUCCAUCCGGGAGGAGAUGGGAGACGAGAGCGAGGAGUUCAGCCAGGUAUUUGACAAUGAGAUUUCCUAUAUAGAAGGAGGCUCGGCCAGUGGGUUUUAUACAGUGGAGGAUUCGCAGUACAUCACCAGGCUCUACCGAGUCUAUGGCAAGAAGAAUAUCCGCCUGGAACCUAUGCCGCUAAAAGGCUCCUCUCUGGAUCCCCGGUAUGUGUAUCUACUGGACCAUGGGCUGGAAAUCUAUAUCUGGAGAGGAUCGCAGGCCACUUUAAGUAACACUACCAAGGCCAGACUCUUUGCUGAGAAGAUUAACAAGAAUGAAAGGAAAGGGAAGGCAGAAAUCACGUCACUUAUGGAGGAGCAGGAGACCCCCGAGUUCUGGGAGGUCCUGGGAGGACAGCCGGAUGGGAUCAAGCCAUGCGUCCCAGAUGACUUCCAAUCCCCACGCCCCAAAUUAUAUAAAGUCGGGCUGGGACUGGGCUAUCUGGAGCUGCCACAGGUUAACUACAAGAUUUGUGUGGAACACAAGAAGAGACCGAAGAUAGACCUUGUGCCUGAGAUGAGGCUGCUACAAAGCCUUCUGGACACCAAGUCCGUGUACAUACUGGACUGCCACACCGACGUAUUCAUCUGGAUUGGACGGAAGUCCUCUCGUUUGGUUAGAGCAGCGGCCCUGAAGCUGGGACAGGAACUGUGCGGAAUGCUGCACAGACCAAAGCAUGCCAUGGUGAUCCGGAACCUGGAGGGUACAGAAUGCCAGGUAUUCAAGUCCAAGUUUAAGAACUGGGAUGACGUCCUGAAGGUGGACUACACCAGGAACGCGGAGAGCGUGGUGCAGACAGACGGGCUGGCGAGCAAAGUGAAGAAGGACGCAGAGAAGAAGGACCAGAUAAAAGCCGACCUCACCGCACUCUUCCUCCCACGACAGCCCCCAAUGCUGGCCUCAGAGGCUGAGCAGCUCACUGAGGAGUGGAACGAAGACCUGGAUGGGAUGGAGGGAUUCGUACUGGAGGGGAAGAAGUUUGCCCGUCUUCCAGAAGAAGAGUUUGGCCACUUUCACACCGAGGAUUGCUAUGUAUUCCUGUGCAGGUACUGGGUGCCAAUAGAACAUGACGAAGAAGAGGAGCAGCAGCAUAGAAAGAAGAGGAAGGUCAAUGAAGAUGAGGAGGAUGAGGAAGAAGAGGAUGAGAAGCAGCCAGAAGAGGACUUCCAGUGUGUGGUGUACUUCUGGCAGGGCAGGGAAGCCUCCAACAUGGGCUGGCUUACCUUCACCUUCAGUCUGCAGAAGAAGUUUGAGAGCCUGUUCCCGGGAAAGCUAGAGGUUGUCAGGAUGACACAACAACAGGAAAACGCCAAGUUCCUCUCUCAUUUUAAGAGAAAGUUCAUCAUUCACAAAGGGAAAAGGAAGAUGAGGGACGUAGGGCUCCAGCCGAGCUUGUACCACGUGAGAACUAACGGAAGCUCUCUGUGCACCAGGUGUAUCCAGAUAAACACAGACUGCAGCCUAUUGAAUUCCGAGUUUUGCUACAUCCUGAAGGUCCCCUUCGAGAGUAUUGAUAAUCAAGGAAUCGUGUACACCUGGGUAGGUAGAGCGGCUGAUCCCGAUGAGGCCAAGCUAUCGGAGGAGAUCAUGAACCACAUGUUUGAUGACACCUAUAGUAAACAGGUGAUUAAUGAAGGUGAGGAGCCAGAGAACUUCUUCUGGGUGGGCAUCGGGGGUCACAAGCCAUACGAUGAGGAUGCAGACUACAUGAAGUACUCACGACUGUUCAGGUGCUCCAAUGAGAAGGGCUACUUCUCCGUGUCGGAAAAGUGCUCGGACUUCUGCCAGGAUGACCUCGCUGAUGACGACAUCAUGAUUCUAGACAAUGGCCAGGAGGUCUACAUGUGGGUGGGGACUCAGACCAGCCAGGUGGAGAUCAAGCUGAGCUUGAAGGCAUGCCAGGUUUAUAUCCAGCAUAUGAGAGCCAAGGACAGUCAACACCCACGCAAGCUGCGCCUGGUGCGAAAGGGAAACGAACCACACGCCUUCACGCGCUGCUUCCAUGGUUGGGGUGCCUUCCGCAAGCCGCCAGCUUAGGCCUGUCCCUCCGUGAUCUUGUCCCCGGAGCGGCUGCUUACCCUAUAGGCGCGAUGCAGCGCUUACACAGAGGAUGUUAAUAUAUUUAAUUCUUCAUGAUGAACAGAAGAGACUUUAUUUGCUGUAUAUCAUCUGGGAUGGAGAAAUGGCCGAAGUGACUGCACUCCUGCUCGCUUACUGUCUUCUAUUACACAGUUUCUGCAGUGUUAAGGGUUUAUAUUGAGAGUAAGGGAGUUUUGCACACUAAGGGGGACGCAAGGAUAAGGUGACUGUUCUGAACUAUCAUCUGCAGUUGGUUCCUGUGCCCCUCCUACUGAGAAAUAGGCUUCACUGGAACCAGUAACCUGGAGUGCUACCUAUUAGUUCACUAAAGUAGCAAUGUUACUGGUUCCUAGUAACUGGAUAGGCUGCUUACUCAGUGAUGUCACUGCUUCCUAGUGAUUUGAUAGGUUGCUGACUCAGUGAUGUCACUGCUUCCUAGUGACUUAUACGCUGCAUUCUCAGGAAACAUUGGUUCAUGCCUAAAAAUGGCACCCUGUGCUGUGGAUAGGGAAUAGCCACUCAAUGCGUGCAGUAACACUUUGGUGGUGGAGCAGGGAUUUUCUUCCCAUGCUGAUUAUGCCAAGUGAUGAGAGUAAAAGAUAAUUAUUGUGUCUGUAGUAAGGUCUCUACUCCAUGAUGUAGAUACAUGAGGGGACAUAACUGGCGGUGGGUAUUUCUGCAGUACAGGUGCUUUUAAUAUGGGAGCAUCAGAAUGGUUGUCCAGCUUGGCCUUACUGCUCACAUAAUGUUCAGUGGCCCCAUCUACAGCCAGAGUUCCUUUAUAUAAUAGUAAACUGAUUUCACCAGUGAUCGAGAGGUCUUCUCCAGCCCUUAGUCAGGUAAUGAGAUUGGUUCCUCAUCCUGAAGGAGACCAGAACAUUUAGCAGCUGGUGGAAGCACCUAGCAUUUUAUUUUCCUCGAGCUUCCAGGAGAAGGCCGUAGAGUUGCGUGGCUAAUGGGAUUGGGGCAAGAGACUCAUACUGGGGGGGACCAGCCACUCAGUGUUCACUCAGUUUAGGAGGAGGCAGAAGCCACGGGAGGGGAUCCGUUCUAACUGUAUGAGCUAUAUAUAUUUUAUUAAAUUUGCACUUCACUUUCA